CUUCUCUCACUGUCUCUCGCUCAUUUCUUUCUCUUUUUAUUUGCAGGCGACGCUGGUUUUAUUUUUUGAGAAUCUCUCUCUCGGAAUUCAUGUCGGACAAGGGUCGGCCUUUGCCAAAGUUUGGUGAAUGGGACGUCAAUGACCCUGCUUCAGCAGAGGGAUUCACUGUAAUAUUCAAUAAGGCUAGGGAUGAGAAGAAGACUGGUGCCAAGCCUGAUUCACCUGGGAAGGAAGAGACAGCAUUCAGGCAUCAUGCUGCAGAUCCUGGCAAGCCACAGGGUAAAAAAUGGUUUUGCUGCGUCCAACCUGCUUAUGCAGAGUCCUGAUAGCAGGGGCUCUCGCUUAGUUAGAGCCAUGGUAGAAUGUGAUUUCCAUCGGGCUCCACCAUAUUUUCCGAGAAGACUGGAGCUGUAGUUACACAAAGGCUGUGAUGAGUCCUGCCGGAAUUGGUUUGCUGUGCUGUAAAACUGGGGCUGAUUGGAAAGGUGGGUUUGAGAAGAUAAUGAAAGAAGACAAAAGCUGUAUUGUAUUUAUAAUCUUGCGUACUACACUUACUGGUUGGGCACUAUUGAAGCUGAGCUCUGCUUCCCUUUCCUUUCCUUCUCAUAUUUGCUGUUGGGGCUGCCACUUGUUUGUGACUGUUUUUCAUUUGCUGUUCUACAAGAGUUGAGUGGAUUUGGUUUUUGUGUAUAGUUAGUACAGAUUCAUGGCUUUUUCAUUGUCUUCUUCACAACUAUAUUUUGGGUAUAUGCAAUAGUC